UUGUUACAGAUACUGGCGAUUAAAAUGUGGAUCCUGCUUUGGAUAUCCCAAGUUAGUCUCUGGACGCUGUCUUCAGCCACGGUGCACCUUGAUGUCGUGAACCAGUGGAAUUACCUGAGCUUCGAUCUUCCAUAUCAUUUUACAUCCGCAUCAGAAAUAAGGUUAGACAACACAGUCUUCACCGGUCUGGAGAUAUCAGACGACCGCAUCUUCAUAGCCACCCCCAGACUCCGUGCAGGCGUUCCAGCCACUUUGUCCACCAUUCCCAGACAUGUGCCUCCUGGUUCAGGACCCACCUUGUCAGCUUAUCCCAGCUGGCAGUUGCAUGGGCCAAUGCGGGGCAACGUCAACUGCUCGCAGUUGAUAUCGGUAUAUAGGAUGAAGAUGGAUUCCUGCCAUAGGCUAUGGGCUCUGGACUCAGGAGUGAUGGACUCGUUGGAUGAAUUCACAAGGAUCUGUCAACCAAAGUUGGUGGUCAUUGAUACACUCACCGAUCAAAUUGUUCGCACAGUGAUAUUUCCGAAUGGAGUGCUGAGGCCAUCUUCACUGCUCACUAAUUUGGUCGUAGAUGAGUCCGUCCAAGGCACGUGCGAUUCAGCUUUCAUCUAUAUGACCGAUACCGCUGCUCCAGGUUUGGUUGUGUACGAUGGACUCAAAGAUCAAGCUUGGAGGUUGAGCCACCCCACAAUGUUUCCUGAUCCUGAUCAUUCAGAUUACAAUAUUAACGGCGAAACUUUCACUUUGAUGGAUGGUGUUGUGGGAAUAACGCAUUCACCUAGGCUAGCCACUGUCUACUACCAGCCACUAGCUACAGAUAGGAUAUACAGCAUUCCUACAUCCAGCCUCACCAAGGGGCCACCAGCAGAGUUCGAGAGCUUGCCAAUUUCACUAGUAGGAAGAAAAUCAUCUCAGGGAAUCGCACUUACCUGUUCUCCGUUCGACAACACUCUAUAUUUCAGCCCGUUGCAAGAAACGUCAGUUGCUUCGUGGAAUCCGUUGAGCAAUCGGCAGCAUUUGUUAGCGUACGACUCAGAAAGACUCCAAUUCCUGACAGAUAUGCGAUGGCAACCCGAUGGAAGCGUAUGGUGCCUAAGUACCAGGUUCCAGAGGUUCUUCUUGAGGACAGCGUCAUCCAACGAAAUCAACCUCAGGAUCAUCAGAGUACCUACGCAUUUUCAUACCUUGGACGAUAUUAACAAUGAUCUAAUUUACAAGUGAAUCUAUAACUGAUUGUACAGAAAUUAGUGAUAGAACAUUUGGAUAGAACUGGCCAGUUGGUUAAUGCUAGAGAAUUUUCGUCUUGUUCGAAAGAUUUUGGCCAUUAAUUUCUUCUUCUCUAGUUGGUAUUCAUUCUAUUUUUACAGUAAAUGGUACAAUAGUAAGUGACGGUUUUUCGUUUUUGCAAAAUGCAAAGAGAUUUGGGUAAAAGCCAAAAGAUGUAAAAAACAAGUAAUGCUUUAGUUUUACACCUUAUCUUGCAUCUCAUUAUUGUUGCUUCUCAUUAGAUUAUUCAAGAAACUAUAGUAGCUAAUAUCACUCUUCAUCUAAUAGUACUCCGAAUGUUUUAUCAUAAAUAGGGAUUGUGAAUUUACAACUCGUAAGUUACCUUCUACCUCGAUUAAGUAAGAUAUACGAGUAUAUUAUUUACGUAACAUAAAAUUUCUUGACAUAAUAUCAAAAGGUCGACAUAAUAUCAUCAGAAAUCUGUAUUUGUAGCUCAAGUUUAUGCAAAUGACAUUGUAUGUUUCUUAAGCAGAUAUGUAUUUCCUACUAGUAGUAACAGUUGAAAUAGCAAGCGUUGGCAUGACACAAAAUCUCAUAAAAAGAAACAACAUUUAAAGAAAUGUAUUUGAAGAAAUAUAAGUUGAUAUAGUUAAAGAUAGUAUGGCUUUUAUCAAGAUCCUAAAACGUGUAUUUUAGGCCUUGUGAUGCAUCGUAGCUGAUAUUUAACAAACAAAUUGUGCUAGAUCCCAGAAAUUAACUGUACAUUUUAUCUCAUAUGUUUGUCUAAAAUUAUCCGUUAUGGUUAAAUUAUAUGUUUAGAAAAUUUGUAUCUGUAUUGAAUAGUUGUUUCCCAUAAUGAUUAAAUACAACAGUCACUCACACAUAUUUGGAUAUCCCUUGAUUUUUUAUUCGCCACAAUUUUUACAAAUUUUGUAAUAGAAAAGUACCCAUAUCUGCUUAGGGAAAACUUUCAAAUAAAGGAUAAAAAAUAUAUUGGCGUUAUGAUGUGUUAUGCUAAAUUAUGCUGAUAUUCCUUAUCAAUUCGUUGCAAAUACUGUUAAAAAUGUCUAUCCUAAAAUACGACAUACUUGUAUUUUUAGUCGUUUAACGAAUUUUUUAAGAUAAGAAAAAAUGCACAUGUCAUUGACGACAGAACUGUCUGAUCAGACAGAUAUACUAUAAUAUAUCAUCAAGGCGUAUCAUUUGUGAAGUUUAUCGUAAGUUACCAUUAAGAGAAAUUAAGUGAAAUAUGUAUGCCAUGUAUUUUGGGCCAGGGUUCGUUAUUUCGAUCUGAAAGUGUAUAUACUCAUGCGCAGAGGUUGUAUAAUUGUAAAUUGUAAAGUAAUACAUAGUAUUUUAUUUUUGUACCUUAUUUAGAACUACAUGUAAUAAUAAAUAGCAGUUACUUACAA